AUGGGGAGCAAUCGCCUCCACAGUCUUGAGCUUGCUGUCACGCAAUUAGUUAGAGCUUGUUUGAGAGAUUUCUCGAUUGCCCGCGUUGAAAUAUAUACUCAAUUUUCAUCACUCUGUUUUCCUGCUGGUAAAGAGACAGAAAGGAAAAAAAGAAUUGAUUUUUAUAAUUUCGAAUGGGAUUCAAGGAAGUAUAUAAGGCGUUGCUGGAAAUUUUCCCACAGAUUGACUCUCGAGUUCUUAGAGCUGUUGCCAUUGAGCAUAGCAAGGAUGCUGAUGCUGCUAUUGAUGCAAGGGCGCGUGAAUGUUGGUGAAUCAUCUAAAGCUCUUACAGAUGACAUUCCAACUGUUGGGAUUGGAGGACUUCAGCAAGCAUUUCAUGAUGGAAAUGAUGGACAUAAUAAAUGUGGUAAUCAAGCAAGAGAUGAUAGGGUACCUGGCUUGAAACUAUCAGAGAAAUGUGAGAAAAGUAACGCUGGAAUCAGUACUGAUGUGUUUCGUCACAUUGAACCUGUUACUGUGAUUGAUAGAAGUGGGGCAAAUUACAAUCAUUCAGAUAUAUCUGCAGACCUUGAAAGAGAGGGAAUGAUUUCAGCUGGAAAAUGUUCAGAAAGCUGUAUCAAACCUGUAUCUAAUCAUAGUCCUUGUCAUACACCAAGAACUUUGGAACACAUGAAUGUAGUUGUCAAUCAAAACAUGAAUCUUGUGCCUGGCCUCGAAGAAUUUGAUGGGCUCUUAGGUAGUGAUCCUAAUGUGGCAAUCCAUAAGGAAAAUCGUCAGGGAAAACCUUGCGCAGAUGGGAAAUCAUUUGAGGUGGAUAGUUAUGUGGAACAUCCUAUUUUAAAAGAUCCAACUCUGAGUCCAUCAGGAAGCAGUGUACAAUUGGUAGGGGUACCUGAUGUUCAAGAGGGUAAUCUAGAGAAACUAGACGAAUAUUUGUCGGAUGCUACUUCUAUGAUACAAGCUAGCAAUGAAAUGGUUGGUAUUGAAGAUAAGUCUACCUUGAAUGAUAGUUUGUACGGAUCUGGACAAAUUUGUGUCAUUGAUCUUAUAGAGGAUAUAAUUGCAGAUGCAAGAAAUAACAAGAAAACAAGGUUUUCUACAAUGGAGUCUGUUGUCAUCAUGAUGAAGGAAGUGGAACUUAAAGAGAAAACUGCAGAACUAGCCAAAAUGGAAGCUGCUGAGGGCGGUGCUGAUAUAUUGGAUAGGGUUGAAGAGCUUAGACAAAUGGUGCAACAUGCAAAGGAGGCAAAUGAAAUGCAAGCUGGAGAAAUAUAUGGUGAAAAAGCAAUCCUAUCUACUGAGUUGAAAGAACUUCAAUCUCGUGUUCUCUCAUUGUCAGAUGAAAGAAAUGAAUCUGUUGCAACUCUUCAUGAGAUGAAUCAAACUUUGAAGAUGCAAUUAGCUGCAGCUGAGAAUGUGAUAAAAUUUGUGGAGCAGGAAAAGGAAAAUUAUGCCCAUAAAGCACUUGCUAAUCAGGAAUUGAUAAUGGAGAAAGUCGUGCAGGAAUCAAAAAAAUUGAAGCAACAGGCAGAAGAUAAUGCCAAGUUGAGGGAAUUUCUUGUGGAUCGUGGUCGUGUUGUAGAUAUAUUGCAAGGAGAAAUAGCUGUUAUACGUCAGGAUUUGAGGCUGCUAAAAGAGAAGUGUGAUGAUCGUGUUCCAUUUAGCAAAUCUCUUUCUUCCAGCCAGACCAGCUUUAUUUUGGCUUCGUCUAGCUCAUCAUUGAAAACCUUGUUUCCUGAUCACGUUGAAUCAGUACCUGACCAGAUUGAUUCAUUGGAGAACCCAAAUAAAAGAGAUCCAGAUCCUUGUUUGGACGAACAGAUGUCUGUAAAGGAAGCAACCAGAGAUGAUACCAAGGAACGUGUAGAUGAGGAAUGGGAAUUUUUUGAUAAUCGCGACAUUGACAUGGCAGUAUAUAGCUGA